AUGAGCAGCGAUAAAACAUCUCAGCAGACUUUUAAGUUAGCACCAAACAAUAGCGUCGCUUAGAGCAAUAGCAUAGACCAAAAUAAAAAUAAAAACAAUAUCCUUAGCACUAUAGAAACGAUGGAUAAGAGCAUAAGUGAAGAUUUAUACCCAAAAUUGUAGAAUAUUGUUUCCACUGUAAAUCUUAGUACAAAAUUAGAUUUAAAGCAAAUAGCUCUUAGAGCCAGAAAUGCUGAAUACAAUCCUAAAAGAUUUGCUGCAGUAAUUAUGAGAUUGAGAGAUCCUAAAACUACAGCUCUGAUUUUUGCUUCUGGUAAAAUGGUGUGUACGGGUGCAAAAACAGAAGAAGAUUCUAAUAGAGCUGCAAGAAAGUAUGCUAAGAUUAUCUAAAAAAUAGGUUUCCCCGUACAGUUCAAAGAUUUUAAAAUAUAAAAUAUAGUAGGAUCGACUGAUGUAAAAUUCCCCAUCAAUCUUGACCAUCUUGAAUAAGACCAUAAAAAGUUCGUUUAGUAUGAACCUGAAAUUUUCCCUGGCUUGAUUUAUCGUGAAUUUAAUACAAAAAUAGUUCUCUUAAUCUUCGUAUCAGGUAAAAUUGUACUGACAGGUGCAAAAACUAGAGAAAAUAUUAACAAAGCUUUCUAAAAAAUAUAUUGGGUUUUGUACAAUUACUAGAAAAAAGACUAUAGAGGUGCAAAUCUUCAUAAUUAAAAUUUAAAUAUUAAACCUAGUAUAAAAAAUUGA